ACGUGGACGUGGAGGUGACACAGGAAUGUUCACUCAAGUGUCAUGACAAUUUUUUGAAUUGUUAAAUUAAUAUUAAUGUAGUGGAUAUGUUAAAAACUAAUUAAACUUUAUGUCUUUCGUAAUUAAAAUAACCAAAAAUGCACAGCCAACCAAAGCCAAAAAAUCCGUGGAACCAGAAUGUUCAAAACCAACCAAAAAAGAACAAAAAUAAGAAUUUGCCUACACCCGGUGAAGUAAAAUUUAAAGAAGCUCAGGCUAAACUACAAGCCUCCGUAAAGAAACAUGUUAAGGAAUACGAAUCAUCGUCAGAUGAGGAAGAGCUGGAAUCUGCUACUUUAAUAGACUCAAUUUUGAAGAACUACAGAACUGGAAAUGGAGAAGAAGAGAGCAUUGAGAAGACACAAACCUUUCUUCAAGAGACAUUCCUCUCUGGAGCAGCUACAUGUUUGAUAUGUAUUUCUAGGGUCAGAAAGGAAGAUCAGAUCUGGACAUGUGUAAACUGCUACGGGUAUUUCCACCUAAUGUGUGUUCAACGAUGGUCAAAAGACACCGUCACACAACUGAAGCACGCUGCCCAAGAACAAAUUAUAGUGAAACAACAAAAACUUUGCUGGUGUUGUCCUAAGUGUAGACAUGAAUAUGAUCCUCGAGAUAUUCCUAUGAAAUAUUUGUGCUUUUGUACCAAAACUGAGAAUCCAAAGUAUGAUCCUUACAUUGCGCCUCAUUCUUGUGGGCAAAUUUGCAGAAAGCCUUUGAAACCAGAUUGUGGGCAUCAUUGCUUAUUGCUUUGUCACCCUGGUCCUUGUCCACCCUGCCCAGUAACUGUGAAUGUUUCCUGUUAUUGCGGUCGACAACAGCCCAGAACACAAAGAUGCAGCAAAAAGGAAUGGUCUUGUAAUAACGUUUGUGACAAACCUCUCGAAUGCAACAAACACAACUGUCCUAAUCCUUGUCACCCUGGAGAGUGUCAACCAUGUCCAAAGAAAAGUAUACAGAAAUGUAUAUGUAAAGCUCAACAAAAACUUCGUGAGUGUGCUAGUCCUGUAUGGCAGUGUGAUAAGGUAUGUAAUAAACCACUGGAAUGCGGCCACCAUAAAUGCGAAGAGAUUUGCCAUGAAGGCGUCUGUGACAUGUGUCCAUUGGCAAAACUUAGAACCUGUCCUUGUGGAAAAACUACGUACCAAUUGCCUUGCACUCAAGAAACGCCCACCUGUCCGGAUACUUGCGAUAAAGUACUGGAUUGUGGUAUUCACGGUUGUAAUUUGAAAUGUCAUAGAGAAAAGUGCGGUGUGUGUCUUGAAACGGUAGAAAAAUCCUGCAGGUGCGGCCAACACACCAAAGAAGUCCAGUGCUACAAACCAUAUUUAUGUGAAGUCAAAUGCAAACAGAUGAAGGAUUGUAACAAACAUCCAUGUAAUAGAAAAUGCUGCGACGGAAACUGUCCACCUUGCGAAAAACCUUGCGGUAAAACUUUAAACUGUGGCAACCACAAAUGUAGUUCAGUCUGCCACCGAGGACCCUGCUAUCCUUGCAGUGAAACUGAUAUCGUGACUUGUAAAUGCGGAGCUACCAAGAUAUCUGUUCCAUGUGGUCGUAAGCAUAAAACCAAGCCCCCGAAAUGCCCAAAGUUAUGUCUGACUCCACCUGACUGCCAUCACGAAAAAAGAGAUUCCCACAGAUGCCACUUCGGCGAUUGUCCUCCGUGCCGACAAAUCUGCAACAAAAUUCAUAAUAAAUGUUCACAUUCGUGUCCUGUCACCUGUCACUCCGCCGUUCUUGUCAAAAUCGAAGGGCAAAAAGCGUCGAUGCCUUGGGAACAAGUCAAGCCUCAAGUUGUAAGAAGAGAAUUGCCGUGUCCGGACUGUGUUGUUAAAAUGCCUGUGACUUGUUUAGGUGAGCACGAGACUUCAGAUUGGCCGUGUUAUAUGUCAAAGCCUUCCAGUUGUCACCGACAAUGCGGUAGAUUGUUAGAUUGUGGUAAUCAUCGAUGCACUUGGUUGUGUCAUACAGUAAAAGAUGCUCCAGAUAAUAUUAAGGCAGGAGCAAAUUGCGAGAAAUGCGAAAAUAGUUGCAGCAAACAACGCCCUGAGGGUUGUACACAUGCAUGCCCGAAACCGUGUCAUCCAGGAGACUGUCCACCUUGCAAAACAAUGAUUAGAAUCAAAUGCUACUGUGGCCUUAAUCAGCCCUACGUCACUUGCGCUGAUUGGUUGAACGAAGAGAAAAAAGAGGAGUUACAGACGUGCGGUAACCAAUGUCCUAAAAAUUACGAAUGCGGCCACAGAUGCAAAUCCAACUGCCACCCAGGCCCAUGUCCGAACGCCGACCAAUGUAAAAAGAAAGUAAAAGUGUCCUGCAAAUGCAAAAGAAUAAAGAAAGAGUUCUCUUGUGAGACUGUUCGCAAAAACGAGGCGGUCGUACCAUGCGAUGAAGUGUGCGAGGCGAAAAAAGAGGAAAACAGAAAACUAAGACAAGCGGCCGAAGAACAAAAAAGAAUCGAAGAGGAGGCGAAAAAUAAGAAAGAGUUAGAAAAGUACCAAAAGAUGUUCGAAGGCAAAAAGAAGAGUAAAGAAAGACGACGAUAUGAUGACGAAGUGGAAGAUAGUUUUAUUAAGAAAUAUUUAUAUGUAAUAUUAGCUGUUUUGUUCCUAGUUAUUUCAGGUGUGGUGUAUUUUGCACUUUUGUAAUGUUAAGUAGGUCAAUAUUUGUCACUUUCAAGUCAAUAAAUACAAUGUUUUUAUA